UUCGAUAGGUAGCGGAGUGUGAACUAAACACAUGAAACUGGUAUUCAAUUCCAAAAUUAAAACGUAAGCACACAGAAAUCGAUAGAAAUAAAAACUGGCAGUUUAUAUGGUGACACCAACCAAAGCGACCAAAGUAAAUUGAAAAGGAGAACAUAUUAGGCAUUUAAAAUAUUCAAGACAUUCGAUGGAAAUAAAGGGCAAGAAUGUAAUUUAUGUCGGAGGUUUUGGUGGCAUUGGCGAAAAGUGCGUGGAAGCAUUUCUCCAAAAAUCGGUGAAAAGUCUUCUCAUAUUUGAUGUGAUGUACAAUGAGGAGUAUUUAAAAUACUUGCAAACAACCUAUACCAAAUCCUACGUUGGUUAUAUUCACUUGGAUCUGACGAAAAGCGAGGACAUAAGAAAAGCCUACCACGAAGCGAGGGAAAAAAUUGGUGUCUUCGAUAUAGUCGUUAAUGGAUCUGGCGUGGGUGAUGAGGGAAAAAUCGAUUUAAUGGUACAGAUUAAUUUGACUGGCCUCGUACAUAGCUCCCUCACAGCAAUGGAGUUCAUGAGCAAAACCAAAGGUGGCCAAGGGGGAUGUAUAAUCAAUAUAUCGUCAAUAGCGGGUUUAAAGCCAAUAGAAUUCGUUUGUAUUUAUUCCGCUACAAAAUGUGCAGUUACCAGUUUUACCAGAUCUCUUGGUCAACCUAUUUAUUUUGAUAAAUCUGGUGUAAGCUUCAUUACCAUAUGUCCGGGUGCUACUGUAACACCUAUAUUGGCUGCGCUCCCUACAUUCUUUAGUCAUCAGUAUUGCAAUGAAGUGGAUAACUUGAUUAAAGCGAUGCCGUCUCAAACUGCCGAGAUAAUGGCAAAAAAUCUAAUGAAAGUUGUUGAAACGGCCGCCAAUGGAACCACAUGGAUAUUGGAAGAUGGUACCAUUAAAGAAAACGCUAUGCAAUUGCAAGGGAAGAAUGUGAUUUAUGUUGGGGGCUUCGGAGGUAUUGGACAAAAAUGUGUGGAAGCCUUUCUUGAAAAGUCGGUUAAGCAUCUCCUCAUCUUUGAUUUGACGUCCAAUGACGAAUUUUUGAAAUAUUUACAAGAGACCUACAAGGAUUCCUCCGUUGGCUACAUACCAGUGGAUAUAACAAAAAGCGAAAGUAUUAGCAGAGCCUUUCAAGAGGCAAAGGACAAUUUGGGGUCUUUCGAUAUAGUGGUGAAUGGUGCAGGCAUCAUAGAUGAAAGCAAUAUCGAGUUGUUGCUGCAGAUCAAUGCGACGGGUCUCAUGCAAAGUUCGCUCAUAGCUAUGGAACACAUGAGCAAAGCGAAUGGAGGCCAAGGAGGAUGCAUUGUUAAUAUAUCGUCAACUGCGGGUUUGGAUGCAACCGAACUGUUUUGCAUUUAUUCACCGGCCAAAUGUGCUGUUACUGCAUUUACCAGAGCCAUGGCGCAUCGUACCUAUUUCGAAAAAACUGGUGUCAGCUUCAUAACAAUUUGUCCCGGAGCCACGGAUACAUCCCUACUGCGAUCCGCUGCUUCGAAAAUCUAUUCGGCCCGCUACAUACCAAAUAUAGCAGAUGUUUUCGCUACAAUAAAAGUUCAAACACCAACAACAUGCGCUAAAAAUCUUAUACAAGUCUUAGAAACGGCUUCAAACGGAACAAUUUGGGCUUUGGAUGAUGGGGUCAUACGAAAAGUUGAUUUUCCUCAAGUCUGGGAAUCAAUUGCACAAUAUUAACUGAUGACAAUUAAAAAGUGGAUUUAUAUACAAAA